CAGACCUGAGAGGUGCACACAAAGGGUGUGCUCAACCUCCCCUUCUGUCUGUUACCUGGUGGCCGGUCUCAGACCCUGCCAGCAGCCUCCUCAACAGACGCUCCCAGUCAUGAAACCUCUCCUGGUUGCGACUGCCUUUCUCUUCCUUUCAGAUCCAGUGAUGGCAGGUUUAAAUCUAUUAUCAUCAGAGAUGUACAAGGAAUGCUACCAAGGCGGCGUCUGCAGACUUGAGUGCUACGGCAGUGAAAUGUUGGUUGCCUACUGCACGUUUCAGCUGGAGUGCUGCGUCACGGGCAAUCCUCCACCCUGACGCGAGGGGCUCCUGGGUGCCACCGAGCCUGAAGGCCCUCAACCCUCCCAUCUUCCACCAAGCCAGGAAUUUAGAUCACACUGUGACACCGUGAUGUACCCACGACUGCUGGCUUUCAGCAUUUUUUACAAGGCACCAGAAUUUUACAAUCUCAAAUUUGAAGAGCUGAGCUGUAGCCUUCUUAAAAAGAGCUAGGCUUUUCACAAAAACAACUUAGAAUGUAUUUUCUCCCUUCAAAAUACUAUCCAAUGCCCUCCUCAGUGCCUAUUUCUCCCACUAAUCAUAGACAGGAUACAUUACUUGUUUAGAAAGGCUUCAACAGAAACAUCUUCCUGCCCCACCAAACCUUCAGCUCUCCAUUCAUCUUUUCUAUGAACCUCCCAUCUGCAGAGGAGCAGAUCUGCCCUGGCCUUCAGACUACCUCGCACAUCUCUCCUGCAGGGUGGACCAGCAGGCUGGCCUGUGUCUUGACUGGGCCUGACCCUGAAGUUCUUCUUGAAACAGAAGGAGAGAGGCCCCCUUGUGAUGUGCUAUCACAGGUAACUCCUCAUCCACCUCCCUAGUGUCAGUUGAGCAAUGGGACUUUCCAUGUCAGUUCCUAGGGUUCAGCUACAGGCCAUAAGACUGCUCGGCCGGGGUUUCAUGUUGGAUCCUCGGACACAAGUGACCACCACCACGGCUGCCCAUCAUCUGACCCCACUUGGUUGGGUGACACCCCAUGGGUCGAGAAGCUAACAACAUGCUGAUCUUGCUUCUCUAUAUGUGUUACUAAUAAACUAUCUAAAUCCA